CUCGGAUAGGUUGCCCCGGCCGCACCCAGCCUUGCCUGCCUCCCUUCAGUGUCGUGUAUCGAAGGUGGCGAGAUUGGGAUGAGAGGGAAAGGAGAACGGUCACGAUGGUCCGGGAGGAGAGCGGGGGUUAUGAAGAUGAAGGCGAAGGUGAAACCUCUGGUAGAAGUGAAGGAGCUGCCGCCGAAGAGGGCUUCUGACACAGACUCCAGCAGGCGCCAAUCAGAUAAGGAAAAAGGGAAAGAAAAGCUGGAAGAAGACGAGGCUGCAGCAGCUAGCACCAUGGCUGUUUCAGCCUCCCUCAUGCCACCUAUCUGGGACAAGACCAUCCCAUAUGAUGGUGAAUCAUUCCACCUGGAAUACAUGGACCUGGAUGAGUUCCUGCUGGAGAAUGGCAUCCCUGCCAGCCUCACCCACCUGGCACAGAACCUGCUGCUGCCUGUGGCUGAGCUAGAAGGAAAAGAGUCGGCCAGCUCUUCCACAGCAUCCCCACCAUCCUCUUCCACCGCCAUCUUUCAGCCCUCUGAAACCGUGUCCAGCACAGAAUCCUCCUUGGAAAAAGAAAGGGAGACACCCAGUCCCAUUGACCCCAGUUGUGUGGAGGUGGAUGUGAACUUCAAUCCUGACCCUGCCGACCUGGUCCUCUCCAGUGUGCCAGGCGGGGAGCUCUUCAACCCUCGGAAGCACAAGUUUGCAGAGGAGGACCUGAAGCCCCAGCCUAUGAUCAAAAAGGCCAAGAAAGUCUUUGUGCCUGAUGAGCAGAAGGAUGAAAAGUACUGGACAAGACGAAAGAAGAACAAUGUGGCAGCCAAACGGUCUCGGGACGCCCGGCGCCUGAAGGAGAACCAGAUCACCAUCCGGGCGGCCUUCCUGGAGAAGGAGAACACAGCCCUGCGGACGGAGGUGGCUGAGCUUCGCAAGGAGGUGGGCAAGUGCAAGACCAUCGUGUCCAAGUAUGAGACCAAGUAUGGGCCCUUAUAACUCAUGCCCCAGCCCGGGCCUCGCUGCCUACAACUCAGCCUCUGCUUGGGGGGUCCUUGAAACCCCACACACGUGUGGAGACUUAUGACUCGUCGCGGGUGAAUGGCGGCGCACCUGCUCCAGGAGCGGUCACGUUCAAGCUUCAUUAUCACAUGGCCAGCACACGUGGUGACUUCCCUGGGGGCCGGCCUCCUCACUGGCAUGGCUGUGAGGGAAUCGACGUAGACGGGUGCAUCAGCCUUAGUUUCUAUUCUCGGAUGUCCCAAUUGCAUCGGAAGAGGAUCUCUGGAGUGCAGAUCUCCUUUCCCAGGGCUCUCAGACUGCCCUGACUCUCCCUCAGUCUCCACCCUGGGCCGUGGAGUCCUGUCACUGCAGAAUGAGUCCAUUGUUGUCACGUCUUCUCAGGUAGUAGGACGUGUUUCCAGAUGGACUGUGGCUGUGGUCCACCUCACCCUCCCCAGAAAGUCUGAGAGAAACAUCCACUUCCAUCUCUCGAGGCAGAAAGACAUGCCAGCUCCUCCGUAUUGUCUGCAUGGGUACCAGGCCACCAGAGCGGGGUCUCUGCACAGCCUGGGUAGAAUUUGGGUCUGGAGCCUACAGCAGAAGUGCACCCAACCAUUGUCAGCUCCCACACCCCUUUACUUUGUGGCUCUGAGGCCUGGAAGCCAGGAAGGAGGCGCUGGCAGUUGGCUCUCUGCGUUUUGUCUGCUGUGAAGGAGAGGCUCCCAGGUAGGCUGGUCUCUGAGCCCUGAUCACAGUGCAGAGGGCAGCCUUUGCAUCUCCUCUUCUCCAGGUCACUUGUGGAUGCCACCUGAAUCUUGUUUGUCCCACUAGACUGGGCCUCUAGGCCUGUUUCUUUUCACCCAGUGACCAAUCUCAUAUCUUGGAUUUAAAAGGAAAACACCCUUCAUCUAGGAAGCUUAGCUUCUUGGAGGCAGGAUGCACCUUCUGCACAGUGUUCAGAAAACCAGCCUCCACAGCACCUAGCACUGUGGGCAGGGAGCUGGGGCAUGUGUCUCCGUUUUGUCUUGCUCUGCGCUCCAAUAUGGGCCAGGCCAGAGGAAAGCAGAAGAGGGCUUCCGGUUCUUGCUUCAGCAUCCCUCCCCUGUGCAAGCUGCCUAGAGGGCACCUGCCAGUCAGGACGCCGGCCAGGGAUCACCAGAGUCAAAGCACAACUCAUGGAAUAGCAGGUUCUCGGGACAUUUACACACUAGAGUCCCCUGAGUCUGGGUCCCUGGAGAUAUGGACCACCCACACAAGCCUGGCAGUUCGCGGUAUGUGGAGGGGUCCUUGCAGCUGUGUCUUCACUACCUCACAGCUGCUUUCUCUUUUGUCUGGCUGGACUCGUCCUUUUGCUCUGCCCAGGAGAUUCAUCGAGGAAAUCCAUGGAACCCUCUGCUCAUUGUGGUCAGCUGGGGCAUCUGCGGAUAGGUGUAUUUAUUGGCUCAGGGCUAGGCAGCCUGUGGUUACAAGGGGUCAGAGGUGACAGGCACACUUUGUCAUGCUUACCACUGGCUUUAUUUAAAGUGGUAGCUCCAGGACCCGGGCUCUGACCCCUAAAGACUUUUUAUAACAUGUUAAGACUUGGGGAAGCCAUCCACUGGCCGUGGACUGCACCCCAGGGGAAUGCCAUGGCCCUCUGCACACCUGCCUCUCCUGGGGACUUGACAAGGGUGCCUGAGGCCAAGGGAAGUCACUGCCUCCCUCCAGGCCCCUGACCUUUACUUUGUGGUUCUAUAAAAACCAUGUUCACACUUUUCACUCUAUUGUAACCACAACAGGGCAGUUGCAUCCGGCAUGUCAGUGUCCUGCCCUGGGCAGCUCGCCCGCCCGGGCACUCUCCCUCUGGUCUGGCUACCCACCAAGAGGGCAGUUCUCAUUUUGUUAUUGGUAGAAGAGCCUCUAGCUUAAAAGCUCUUCAUUUUCUUUGGCCAGAAAGUGUAUGGUUUGUGUUUUUCCUCUUUUUUUAAAAGAAUGGAGACUUCAUCUCUGGAUGGUGUCCAUGUUCUGACCCUAUGGGUGGGAUAAUGGCCUAACAUCUCUCCUCUUUGUCCAACCUUCUGCCUGUCCAGUGCCCUCCCCCGCUUCCCGCCAGGCAGUGGGCAUCUGGUUCCUUCCCGAAGUGCUUACUUUUCCGGAAAGAAUGGCUGCCAGCCUCUUCUAGAAGAGCCCCUUUGAGUCAGGAGCCUAGCAGGGACUGGAAGGAGAUGUCUGUGGAGGUUAACAUGUUAGGGAAAAGGAGUGGUCAGGGAAGCGUGUCUCCUUCCCAGGCCCAAGAAUUGAGUCCUUGCAGGAGAGGGUCGAUGCCUGCUCGUUUUCAUCAUGGAAUCGGGAGUCUCCUUGACUCCCUCCUGGCCCCUCUCCAUCUUGGGGCUGAUAGCCAAAGACUGAGGCUCCUGUGCUCAAAUCUUUGUCAUCUCCUAAAAAGCACUGGAGGCCAGAGAAGCCAAAGUAAAUGGCUUUCUACGGGUUUGUGAUGGACUGGGAAGCGCCAUCCCUUCCUAAGCAGUUGCAACCUCAGAACAGACAAAUCUGUCUUUUCAGUUCCUGGCAGUCUUGUUGCAACCUCAGAACAGACAAAUCAUGAAUGAGCUAGAAUGUUGCAGGAAUAUACAUAUAAUAAAUGUCUAUCUAGAUAUAGAAAUAAAUAUAUAUUUAGAGAGAGCUUUCACGAUGGCCAGCUACCUUGUGGAGGACCUGGGUAACUCACCCUUGGUCAGAGGAAGGGGUUUGCCUGUUUGGAUCCUGAGGUUGGAGAGGCACUUAGCAGUGAACCUUAAUUGGGUAAGCAUCACCCCGCUGAAGGGCUGCUGUAGUCCUGGACAGGCAGCUCCUGCCUGAGGUGGGGUGGCAAGCAUGGGAGCCAGCAGACAAGGGCUCCUUUGUGCUGGGCAGCUCACCACCCAGGGCCCUGGGAGCUCUGCUUCACAUAACACAAAGGGCCGAGAGCCCCUGGUUUUCAUGGCAAAGCCCCACCCCAGAGUUCCUUUAACAUCUGUUAAUUAAGUGCAAUAAACUUUUCUAGCAAAUGGCAAAGAUGACUUCCAGGUGGAUAUUGCUCUUAUGGUGUUGGGGAUGCCAGAUUACCACUUGGUUUUAUUUUUCUAAGUGCAUGUGAUGUGAUAGAGUGUGUGGGAGUUCUGUGUCCUCCCCUGGGAGCUGGCAUUCCAGUGAGCCCCUUUUUCUAACCUUUGUUGGGGGAAGGAGGCAAGGAGGAAAUUCCUUCUUCCCAGCUGGCGAGGGCAGAAGCAGACUGUUUCCUGUUGGCCUUAUGUGCGUGUGUGCGUGCGAGUGCGUCACUGCUGGUGGGCCGGAGUGAUGUGGGGAGGGAAGCCGGGAAUGUAACCUUUUCAAGACAAAAUUAAAUAUUUUGAG